AUGAAAUCUAUUCGAACUACAAACAUUACAACCUCCAAAGCGGUCCUCAAACCCGCCCCCCGGCAUGUGAUUCUCGGAAAAAAGCGUCGGAGGGGAAAUCUUCGAGAUGCCGACAUUUUUUGCGACUUUUUGAUGUCUUUCUGCCACGUGGCAAUGGAUAGAUGCUCUCCGAACACUGAAGAAUGGCGAAAAAUAAAGUUUGGACCGGAUUAUGAGCAUUUAAAGUGUCCGGAUGAGCGAUUUGAGAAAUAUGUGGAGGAAAAUUGUCAAUUGGCGGAGCAAUACAUUGCAUCGUCGAGAUUACAUGCUUUUGAAGUCUGCAUGGUGACACCGUCUGAAACGCAACUUAUUGGCUUUCGCAUCACACUCGCUCAGCUAGACUAUCCGGAAUGCCGCCGCGUUCGAAACAUUUAUGCGAAAUUUGCGAAAAUUCUAGAAGCUGUUCGAACGCUGAAAAUUACAGAAGAGUUGGACGCAAUGAUGCGGUCGUGUAAAUAUCGUCCUCGCAUCCGUAUGCUCACUCGCCUUCGUUCCGAAUCCAAACGAAAAUCGGACAAAUCCAAGGCGGGAGAUUCAAAAAUUUCGGUCCCGAUCGCCAAUUCGUUUCCUCUUAUCCAUAAUUUGCUCUCUUUUUAUGCUUUUAUGUAA